UACCUUGUCAUCGAUUAUCGAUAGAUAGUUCACUAUGUGGUUCGCAUUGUUAUUUUUGGGCGUUGCUGCAGUUAAUGGAGUGCCAACUCUGAGGGUAGUAGGCGGUCAGGACGCACCGGAUGGAAAAUAUCCGUACCAAGUGUCAUUGAAUGCAUUUGGGUCGCACUCAUGUGGGGGAUCUAUUGUCAGCAAUCGAUUUAUUCUCACUGCUGCUCACUGUGUUAUUGACGUAUCAAAGCGAUUCAUAACAAUUGUCGUUGGAACAAAUUCACUGAGCAAAGGCGGCAUUGUUUACAAAGUAGAUGAAAUUUUCAUCCACGACUUUUCUCCAUCAACAAUUAUUAAUGACAUUGCAUUGAUCCGCACUGUCUCUGAAAUAGAAUUCUCCGACAAAGUUCAGCCGAUUAAACUCAGCGAGCAAAAUUUCCACGCUCACGGAGACCCUGCGGUUCUCACCGGGUGGGGACACACCGCCGUUUCAGGAUUGGGAGCACCUGACAAACUGCAGGAGAUAAAUUUGAGAAUUUACGAGCAAUCUGAGUGCCAGAAACAUUGGACGAGCUUACCUGAGAGCCAAAUUUGCACCCUGACAGAGACAGGCGAAGGUGCUUGCAUGGGUGACUCGGGCGGACCUUUGGUAGCCGACGGUGUCCAGAUUGGAAUUGUUUCCUUCGGAGUACCAUGCGCCCAAGGGUACCCAGAUGUUUACACCCGCGUGUUCUACUACGCCGAGUGGAUAAACGAGAUUAUCAAUUCUCUGGAAAAAAUGCACUCGUUAGUCGCUUUACAAGUUGUAAUUAUUGUUACGGUUGGAGCGGCACUUGCUACCCCGGGAAUUUCUAGGGUUGUUGGUGGGAACGACGCUGCUGAUGGCGCUCAUCCAUAUCAGGUGUCACUGAGACGCGAAAAUUCUCAUUAUUGCGGGGCUGUGGUCCUUAAUAGCCGCUGGAUAAUUACUGCUGCACAUUGCGUUGUUCUGGUGAAUACAACCGGAGUAACAGCAGUAGUUGGUACCAACACCCUCUCAUCAGGUGGUAAAGUGUAUCACCCGGACCUGUUCAUAGUCCACAAAGAUUACAAGCUCGCAGUGAUCAACGACAUCGCGCUGAUCAGAGUUUCCAAGGCGAUUAAAUUCACCCGCAAAAUCCAGCCGGUUCUGCUGCCAACCACCGACUCCUUCACAAAAUCCUACCACGUGACAUUGUCCGGAUGGGGAAGAAACAGUACUAACGGAGCAAUUCCAGAGAAUCUUCAAGAAAUUGACCUGGUGGUGAUCAGCCAGCUUAAGUGCAGGAUCUACCACCCGAUUUUACUUACUAGAGGACACAUUUGCACCCUAACUGUCCGUGGCGAAGGAGCCUGCAAUGGAGAUUCAGGUGGCCCGUUGACUGCCAAUGGGACUCUAGUUGGCAUAGUAUCUUUUGGGAGUCCAUGUGCCAAAGGAGUUCCUGAUGUUUAUACUCGCGUCUAUCACUACUUAAACUGGAUCAAUCAGACACUUGCUACUGCUGAUACAAUUUCUGAUGAUGAUAUUCCGAAUUUUCUGAUUGAUUACUUGUGAAAUGUUAAAAAUU